GGCGGAACAAAGAAUGACUGCUAGGGGGCGCUACAUAGUGUAUUUGGAAUUUGUCUUUACACGGUAUCAAAGAUUGCACCUGCCUUGACCUGCCUGCCAAUUUUGGUGCAUUUUGAAGCAAUAUAAGGGGGUCAAAUUGAGCUCAAAGGGGGCUGCGGAAUAAAGAAUAACUAUAAUAAUAAUAACAAUAAUAAAACCGAGGAACCACAAUAGGUUCACUAAAAACAUUGUCACCUGCAUGUCCACACUGUUCAAUUAUGGAUGUGUUCUUAGUCAAAUGAAAUAAAAUCAACUUAUUUGUUUCGACCAAAUCACAACAACAGUUAUCUCAAGGAGAAAACAAAACAUGUUUUAAGGUACAGUAGCCUUACGCAGGAUUUCGACCGAUUUGUGCCCCCCCCCGGCAUCCUGGUAACACCACUGAACCAAAUAUUUUUCCAGAAAAUAUUUAAGCAUUUAUAUAUUCUAUUUAUUAAAUUCAAGUGACACAACCUGCUUUGAGUUGUGCCUUCUUGCCUAUAGCGACCUCUCCUGGCCGUUAUCUUCGAGGCAAGUCAUUAACAGUAAUGACUCAAUUUGUUUACUAUAUACAUUAAAAAAAAAAAAACAUUUUGGACUCAAGUGAUUUCAAAUUGAAUCCAAACGCUUCAACAGAUUACACUGAAGUUUCAGAGCCUGAACAUAUCUACUUCCGGGGGUCACAUGACGCAACAUCCGUGUACCCUCGCCAGACAUGCAGUUCUUUUUUGUUCCCUUCUCUUGACCAAACAAUUUCCUUUAAAGCACUCUCAUCCGUUCCUAACAAAGGACCACAGUAUUGCAGUAGCAAAAGAAAUGUUCCCUGACUCAAAGAUUGCAUCGUGUCCUGCACACGUUACUGAAGAUUUUCAUCCUGAGAAACACGAUCCCCUCCAUGUUAAACAGGGGUCUGAGUUGGAGAUGCCGUUUAUCAAACAAGAAGCGGAGCCAGUUACCCCCGACAUUAAAGAAGAAGAACAGGAAGAAGAAAUCUUUCCAGUGACCGUCAAUGUGAAGAGUGAAGAAGAUGAAGGACCAAACAAAAAGAGCGGGGCAGUGAAACAAUCGAGCGAGGGCUCAUUUCAGCACCUCACAACAAAAGAAGAGGGAAAACCGCAACGGGACGACCUCUUAGCUCCGCUCUCGGACAGCGACGACGUUACAUCGCACUCUUCUGACUUUAACUCUGAUGAGGAGGAUGUUGAUUUUGGCCAAGAUGCUUGGAAAUCCUUCAACAAGUUAUCAUUGAAAAGAGACACAAAAGAAUGUGAGGGUGGGAAACCUUUUCCCUGCUCACAAUGCAAUAAAAGAUUUUCUCGGAAGACUCAUUUAGAAGUGCACAAGCGUACACACACUGCAGAAAAACCUUUUGUCUGCACACAUUGUGGUAAAAGGUUCGCCGAGAAGAAAAUUUUAAACAGGCACGGAAGAACACAUACUGGAGAGAAGCCUUUUGCCUGCUCUGUAUGCGAGAAAACAUUUUAUUUACAGUCUCUGUUGACCAGACACAUGCGUAUACACACCGGAGAAAAGCCUUUUGCCUGCACACUAUGUGACAAAAGAUUUUCUCGGAAGUCUGAUUUAAAAACUCAUAUGCGGACACACACUGGAGAAAAGCCUUUUGCCUGCACGUGUUGUGGUAAAAGAUUCUACGAGAAGAAAAAUUUAAACAAACAUGCAAUAACACACAGUGGUGAGAAGCCUUUCGCCUGCACACUAUGUGACAAAAGAUGUUCUCGGAAGUCUGAUUUAAAAACGCAUAUGUGUACGCACACUGCAGAAAAACCUUUUGUCUGCACACAUUGUGGUAAAAGAUUUGCCGAGAGGAACAUUUUAAACAGACACGCAAAAGCACAUAGUGGAGAGAAGCCUUUUGCCUGCUCCGUAUGUGAGAAAACAUUUCAUUUACAGUCUCUGUUGACAAGACACAUGCGUAUACACACCGGAGAAAAGCCUUUUGCCUGCACACUAUGUGACAAAAGGUGUUCUCGGAAGUCUGAUUUAACAACGCAUAUGCGGACACACACUGGAGAAAAGCCUUUUGCCUGCACGUGUUGUGGUAAAAGAUUCUACGACAAGACAAAUUUAAACAAACAUGCAAUAAAACACAAUGGUGAGAAGCCUUUCGCCUGCACGCUUUGCGACAAAGGAUUUUAUCAGAAGACUCAUUUAGAAGGGCAUAAGCGUACACACACUGGAGAAAAGCCUUUUGUCUGCACACAUUGUGGUAAAAGGUUCACCGAGAAGAAAAUUCUAAACAGACACGCAAGAACACAUACUGGAGAGAAGCCUUUUGCCUGCUCCGUAUGUGAGAAAACAUUUUAUGUACAGUCUCUGUUGACAAGACACAUGCGUAUACACACCGGAGAAAAGCCUUUUGCCUGCACACUAUGUGACAAAAGGUGUUCUCGGAAGUCUGAUUUAAAAACGCAUAUGCGGACACACACUGGAGAAAAGCCUUUUGCCUGCACGUGUUGUGGUAAAAGAUUCCACGAGAAGGCAAAUUUAAACAAACAUGCAAUAACACACAGUGGUGAGAAGCCAUUUUCCUGCUCAGUUUGUCAAAAAAGAUUCAGUCAGAAGGGAACUUUAAAUAAACACGCAAGAACACACACUGGAGAGAAACCUUUAAAUUGCAGUGUUUGACAAGAUAUUCAAAUUCCUGCCACACAUGUACAGUGGAAAUAGCUUUUCAAUUUUCUUUUUCAGUUUCCCUUGGGCUUCUUUUGAAAAAGAUGUUGAAAUGAUUUUGCAAGUCUUGGUCUUUUUCACAACUUUCCAAUAUAUAUAUAUAUAUAUAUAUAUA